CUAACGAACCUUCAAUGAAUUUUACUGCUUCAGUUCUGUUCUUUUCAACUACAUUCAUACUGUGCAGGGACAUCGUUUCUCUUUCCCUCCAUUUAUAUUUGUUUCGCUUUAAAGAUAAAAAGUACAAUUUAACUCAGCUGAAAAGCAAGAUAGAAGAAACAUUUGCUGUGCACUAAACUUGCGCACGCAUGUGUAUAUCACAGCUCACGUGAUUAAUCUCGACUCGUGUUUUAAUUUCUCACUCCAGAGCACAUACAUAGUUAUAUUUGUUUGAAGAUGAAGCUGGACACGGAGGACACGGAGGUGGAAGUUACCGAAUCGGUGGACGAUGCCAAAUCUACAGGAAAUGCAGGAUGGGCGGACGUUAUGCAAAAAAUUCUACGAACAAAGAAGUCAAAGAAGAAGACAGUGGUUUUAGCUAAGGCUAAGAAGUUGUGUGAUGUGAAAGAAACGGAAAAGGAAAAAGAGAUCACCUUUGAAAUUGAUGGUGUUGAGGAUGAAGAUUUGGAGAAAAUAAAUAAUAAAGUAGAGCCUACUACACAGAUUAAAUCAAAGAGAAAAGAGAAAAGUCUCGGCAUCAGGGUAAAACCAAGCAUUACAGAUCGAGAACAUGAACGAAUGCUGCAAAAAAUUGCUACAAGAGGAGUUGUACAACUGUUUAAUGCGGUGAGACAGCAGCAAACAGUUAUCAGUAAGAAACUGUCCCAAGCAGGCCCAUUAGAAAGGAAGCGUGAGCAAGUACUGAAAAAUAUUGACAAAAAUGCUUUCCUUGAUAUCCUGAUGGGUAAAUCUGAGAGCAUAUCAGUUAAAUCCGUAGAAAAUAAGGACAAAGAUGACAAAAUGUGGGGCGUUCUCAGAGAUGAUUUCGUCAUGGGUGCUAAGUUGAAAGACUGGGAUAAGAAAAAUACAGAAGAGGAAGAGGAAGAUUCCUCAGCUCCUGAGGAUAUGGAUAGUGAUGAUUGAUGAAAAUUACAGGCAUGGGAGCGAUUCACUUUUUUCACUUUUUUUCACUUAUUUCAAAACAUUUCACUUUUUCUUAUUUUUAAUAAAAAAAAACUCACUUUUUUCACUUUUUGCUGAUUCGAUUUGAACCUUAAAAAAAAAACUAGAUCACAAAAAAUCAUGUUCAAUAGCUAACUUUUUAAAAAUAUAACAAAAGAUUCAAGUAUAACCUGACUCAAGUAUAAUUUUAUUCCAUUAAAUGUGUUUGGAAAAAAAACAGAAUUGUUUUAUAAAGAGUUUUAUUGUAUUUGAAUAUCUAAGAUUGAGUUUAAAGUAAAUUUUAAGUUCUAUGUAUCAUGCAACUUUUUCAUUUCCUAAAAUCCAAAUACUGCUUUUUAUUGACUUUAAACAAUAUAAUUUUGAACAUACAAAUUAUUUAGGAAAAACUCACUUUUACUCAUUCUCCUUUUAAAGUUAAUCAUUAUAUCUUACUUUUUCAAAAGUAAAAUUUUACUUUCUUCUCUUCUUUUUACAGUUAAAUUGCUCCCACGCCUCAAAUCGAGAUAUUCCUCAUGUAUAUAUAAAUCUUUUUUCUAUAAACUGGAAAUAGUCAACGAUAAUAAUUUUUAAAUGAAAAUUUUGCCAUUUGACCAUUAUACAGGGCCUGACUGUAGACUCAAAAAUUUUACUUUCACUUACGAGAACCAUUUUCAAAAAAUAAGCCAGUGCAUCUGCAAGUGUUCACCAAAUUUCAUUUUAUAGUCAUUUUAUAGUCAAUUUUUUGCAAUAUAAGCAAUGUCAUCGCCUAUAGUCAUAAAUAAAGAUGUAACUAUAGAUUAUAUAUAUAUUUAUUGAUAGUCUUUUUGGAAUAAAUUUAUAAAUAUAAUGAGUUAAAAAUUACAAGUUAUAUCAAUUUAUUAACUUGUGCACUUAUAUAGUACAACUGGUUUUGCCUUCCACUUUUUAUGGUCGAGAGAGUAAAAGAAGUAUCUGUUAUAAUUAUAAUAAUAUAUAUACAAUUUAAACUACACACACAUACAUAUAUAUAUAAAACUAUAAUCGUUGAGAAAGGAUUGAUAUCGUUCAUAUUUGAGGAUAUUUUUCCUACAGAACGAGAGACUCGUACCUUUGCCCAUGAAAUGGAUUCUUAUCGUUUUGUUUUAUCGUUUUGCAUAUCGUAAUUAUAGAUUCCAAAAAAGAGAAAGAAAAAUUUGGUCGAAAUAAUCAGCCGUCGUGAAAUAAAAAUCCUGUUAUUUAUAUUCUUUUUUCAUCUAGCAAUCUAAAAACUAGGAAGGCACACAUUAUUAUACUUCACGCAGCAUUUUAUUCUCUUGGUAUCUCUCGUUGAUGAUUCCUCCGUACGAUACACGGUAACAGUGAUAACGUGUACAACUUAUAGUUCUCUCUAUAAUUAUCGUACACAUAUAAUGUGUAUACAA